CCAUCCCCUAAUACAGCUCAUCCCAAAAAUUUGGAGGGGAAAACAUUUUCCCCAAACUUCAGAACUUAGUACCUUGUUAUUUUAAAGUGGGUACUGCUCAAAUUAAUCUGAGAUAACAGACUAAUAGGAUUAGUUAACGGCUCUGGGCUUCAUUAGAGCUGAAUCCAAACAACAGCAGGAGUCUGGUUACAAACAUCAAAUCAGUUAAGUGAUGGGAGACAGUUUGGCCGGGGAUUUAUUACGAAAAGGAUGUUGGAAGUCAUGAUUUGGAAAAUAGUCAUCACAGAUCAAAUUGAGCAUCAGAGAUGAAGGGACAAAUAUGAAGGACCCGAGGCAUCAGAAGUGCCAGAAACAGGCCCCUAAUGCCCUGAAAUGUGUCAUGGGAUUCCAGUGUGUUGUGGCCGGGUGCUCCCAGGUCGCUUAUGCUCAUCUCGACUUACGAAUUAAAUUGCUCCGCUGCCAGCUUUAGAGGCAGCUUUUCUCUAUCCAGGUGUCCCUUACCAUUAAGCCAGGAGAUGCCCUUAAUUCUCAGCAAACCAAGCUCUCUUGCGGAAACUGCCUCCCAUUGACGCAGAUGGGAAGGUGCUCCAAAUCUCUUCGUUUUCAUGUGGUUGGUUCUAUGUAAUGGUGUUGUCAGCCUAUUUGAAUCCAGAGGAACAGGGAAGAACAGGUUUGGGAUCUAGGGAACGCUGAUUUAAAAUGUCCCGGCUUUCAAUAUCACACUGAAUUGAAAAGUGUUGUGGUAUUCCUCUGGUGUUUAUCACUUGCAAAGCUGCUCUGUUCCUCUUUCCAAAAUCCCAUUGAACUGUGUCUGUGAAGAAAUGGAACAUGACUCAACAUUCCCAAGUUGGGCCACACAUGGCCAAUGAUGCCAUUUUCGGCUGUAACCGUAUCCCUUUAGUCAGCAAUGGCUGGAAGCAUUUCCAAGACACGAUGUUGACAACCUGGCGCAAUGCCCAAAGAGAGUGACGAGGACGUCUCAGAUGCCCAGAUUGCACAAGUUAUGCUCAGGCUGCAUCAGGCUGGGCAGAAGGGGGAUCUGGAUCUCCGAUAGAUUGCCAGGCGAUCAGUGUGGCUUUCUGGCUCUUGGAAGUCUAACAAUAGUAACAAGUAAAGAGCUUUCCCCUGGAAUUAGGUUACUGGAGAACCUACUUGAGCAUCUCUUAAGGAGGCUGGGAGCAAAACCCAGGAAUACAGGUUGCGCAGAAAGACUUGUGAACUCAGGUUCUUGUACUGCUCACAGCAACCUUGAUUUGAGCAUGGGCUCUGAGGCAACACAUUUCUUAAAUCUUAGUGCUGUGCUGGUUUCUGACCUUUAAAGCCCUACAUGGCUUGGGUCCGGACUGUCUGAAAGACCAUACUUCCCUCUCUGAGCCCACUCUGUUUUUAAUAUCUUUGCAGGAAGACUUUCUUUCUGUCCUGCCAUCAUGCAUGUCUAGAAAUGCCAGAGUACAACAGGACCACCUGAUGUGCAACAGGGGUGUGCAAUGCACAUCCUUGCUUGUGCCCAGAUGCAUACCUUCACAAUUCACUGUCAGGGUUUUGCCAUGUUUCUUCACUGUAGCUACAGAUUCAAAACGUAAACGGUGAUGUAGGAUUUCAGACUGUGUCUUGAGCCUCCUUGGAGGCUGUCUCCUUUUUCUUCACGGUUCACAUCAUGGUAUCCCAGAAAUAUAAAUCAAAAUGUGCCAGCCGCAUAAAUUCCAAAUAUAGACAUCGUCAGCAUAUGACUUUAAUAAAUGACAAGGUAGUAAGCAGUCUAUAAUAAAAGGCCAUGGGAGGAUUUGGCAGGGACAGUCCCAAUUAAUCCUCUGUCGUCCCACUUUUUCAGCUGCUUUUAAAAUGUCCCGGUUUCUCGUCCUCCCCUUUCUUUGUCCUUAGCUUGCUUCCGCUGCUGCAAAUUAAGUUAAAACUGCAAAACUACUUUGCACUCAGUUAAUUCUGUAGGAGGAAAAAAGAUAGGAAGGGAUCUCCGAAAUGUUGGAGGGAAUCCUCUGGCCCCAUUUCCUGGAAGGAAGGGUGGAGAGACAAAACGGUUGACAUUUCAAAAGGUCCUUGUUGUUUCAGUCACUGUCAUGUAAUCCUGACAGAGACCUCUAAGUGGCAAGACGGAUCUUAAGAAUCCGACUGAGGAGGUCAUGCAGCAAAUCGGUCUUCCUUCCAUUAACAGAAGUCUUUGUGCUGAGAAACACUUCCUUUGUAUAGCAGUUAGAAGCCUCCUUUUUUCAUCUUGGAAGUGAAGAUUUCAUGCUGGAUUUGUCAGGCCCGAGUUUCUAGAAAGUGUGAAAAUUUCCUUUCACACUAUACAACUGUAGCACUUUGGUUCCACUUCAGAUGUCAUGGCUAUAUCCUAUAGGACCCUGGGAUUUGCAGUUUAGGGAGGCACUAGAACUCCCUGGCUGGGAAUUCUAAACAGAAUAAAUGUACCCAUUAGCUACAACUCUUCCUUCCUUCCUUCCUUCCUUCCUUCCUUCUCUCUGUGGACUGGCAGCCAGCAGGUUAUGGACUGGUCCCAGUUCAAGGAGCUGAGCAGCACAGAUCUAAAGACCCUAAGAAAGUUACUGGCCAGGCUCAUUGGGGGAUGCUGGGAGUUUCAGUCCCAGAGAAUAACUUUUUACUGUGAUAGUACGGACUUUGUGUGUCUCAGCAGCUGGUCUCUCCCCACGUUUGUGGAGCAAUGAGUCCAUUCCAGAUGUACAUACCACUUUAAUGAAAGGAAUGGCAAGCUGUACUAGCUAUCUGGAACCUAUCUGGAGAAUUCCUUUAAAAUAUAGAGUAGUGGUCGAUCUGUUUCCCCUCCGAUGUGGAAAACCCCCUUAACAAAAGCGCCGUUGAUGGCUGGCAGGCCUCUGGCACAGUUGGAUCAGUGGGCAAAGUCAAGUUCAGAGUUCCUGGAGAGAAGUCGAGACCCACGUGGCUCCAGAGUUACUCAUUAACGUCCUCCUUGCGGCUGUUUUCUUGAGGCUGAAGUGGCUCAAAGUCAACCCAGUGAUAAUCACAAACGACCCUGAUAAGGUCUCUGCUGCUGCUACUGUGGAUCUAGAUAUAGUGAUUGUGACCGGGUCUCCUUCUUCUUCUCCUUUGCAAGCUUUCUGGAAAGGGAAGGCGCUUCUGGAAAUCACCAAGAAAGAAGGAAAUGGAUGCGUGUGAGCUUGUGAAAGAGACAAUGGAAAAGGCCCCAAAAGAGCAAAUGGAAAAUACAGCGGAUGAGGUAGGGAGAUUUUGGUGUGCCACAUGUAUGGAAUGUCAGGGCUCAGAUCUCCCAUCUCUCUCAGCGAUUGAAUCUCCCACCUUCUCCACGCCAACAUUUUCGGUUUCCCUCAAAAACUCAGAUGCUUCUGCCGAGAAAGAGGGCGUCCAGUGUUUGGCCGCGGACACAGAUUGUCCCAUCUGCUUUGACCAGUACGGUUUUUGCCGGCCGCCCAAAGUCCUGGCUUGCCAGCAUGUCUUCUGUGCUGUCUGCCUGAAGCUCCUCCUGCAGAACCGAGAGGACGCUUGGGAGAUCAUUUGCCCCGUCUGCCGGAAAGCCACCACCGUCUUCGGAGGCCUGAUCUGCAGCCUGAGCACCAAGGAGAUGCUUUGUCAGGGAACCUCAGCCAACCUGAACCCAAGGGGAGAGGGACCCCGCUUUCCAGACUCUCGACGCCGGCCAGAAUCCAUCGACCAAGAAGAGGACGCUGGCAACAGAGAGGCCGCCAAGAGGCUCCUUUUCCUUCUCCUCCUCUUAGUGCUUCUCGUGGUCCUCGCUCUUCCCUUUGUGUAUGCAGGGCUGCUGAAGUGGGCCCUCAGCAUCGCGGUCAUUUGGGGCCUGGCCAUGGCUGGGGUGCUCUGCUGGAACCCAAAGUGGCAAUGCCGCCGCUUGGACCUUUCCAGAAAGACAGAAAGCCACGCCAGACCCGUGGCCUAAAACUCGUGAGGAUCCAGGAGGGCAGAGAUGGUCAAUACCUUGACCACUGCUGUUGUGGAGGGUCAUUUCAGUGGUCUGACCGUCUAAGACCGUGGGAGUCCAGGGUUGGAUCCAGAUUUCCCCAUGCCUUGAUUUGUCCCAUCUGGAUUGCUGUAACAUACUCCGUGAACCAACGUAGUGCUUUGACACUACAACAACUGCGAUGACGACUUUGGAAGCCAGGGUUUGAAUCCCCGCUUGGCCAUGGAAACCCAUUGGGUGACUUUGGGAAAGCCACACUCUCUCAGCCUCAGAAGAUGGUAGUCCCAGCUCCGAAGAAAUUUGCCUUGGAAGAAGGCAAAAGCAAAUGGGAACUGACCUGGCCAAGAAAGCCCAGCCAUAGGGUUGCCAUAAGCCUCAGCAACUUUUAUCUGAUCAUGAUGAAGAUGAGGAAGGACAAGAAAGGGGCUUGUAUUGUUUUUAAUCUUGGCUUUAAAAUAAAAUUUUAAACAGGCUGAUUCCUUUUGCUUAAUGCCAUUUUGAAUCUUAAUUUUGCAUGCUUUUAACAACGGUAAUUUUCUGCCUGGAGUCUUAGUCUGAGAGAGCUGGGUUAUAAAUGGAAGGAUGGGUGGAUAUCCUGUCCUAGGAGUUUUAACCAUGGAUGCUUUGGGCCUUUGCAAAACGUCACUGGCAGACGAGACUUCAGUGCAAAAUGCCAUGGAUCCCAUGUUGGCAGAAAAAGGCAGUAGAUAAUA